AUGGAUGAGAAAAUUGACUUGAUUUUUGACUCGUGGGAUAUGUCGGAGGACGGAGCGCUGGACUUGGACGAAUUUACGAUCUCUCUCAAGUCAACGCUAUCUGGUAUGGCAAAGAUUCUCCAGCCUACAUCGGGUUGCAAAUCGACAAACGUCGAUGUAGAAGUGGAUGAAGAGAACGUUUUUAUGCUUGCAGAAUUAGCAUUCCAAGAAAUCGCUAAUUGUGGGGCUUUAAUGUCAGAAGGGGGAGGGUCAAAAGAGGAAAUAAAUACAAUUACCUGUGAGCAGUUUCGGGAAUAUUGCUUGAAGAAUAAGCAAGCGAAAGAUAUAUUACGGCUAUUUGACGUGGCUAAUUCGAAUCUCAAGAAGUUUGAAAGUGGCUUUGAAGAGGAAGAAAUAUCUGGAGAGCUCAUGGCCAAAUUAAAGAAGCAAACCGAGAUUCCAAUCACACCAGCAGAUGCUGGUGUGGGUGAUAUGUUCUUAGCAUUAAAGCCUUGGGUCGGGGCAAUUGUGCCUCCAACUAAACCACCACCACUCUGUAAUGCGGCCCCUUUAGAUUCUGUUAGAUUGGACUGGGUAUUUGGGUACAGCGCCCAAGAGUGCAAGAACAAUGUACGCUUUGUCACCACAACUGCUGCGGCGAAAUCCGGUCACUUUGAAGAGAUAGUAUAUCCAGCUGCCGCAGCAUGCAUUGUUCUGAAUACAAAGUCAAUGAAGCAGCGUCAUCAUCUGUUCCACACAGAUGAUGUGCUGAGCUUGUGUCUGCACCCAUGUCUCCCUCUUGCAGCAAGUGGUGAGAUUGGAAAGCAGCCUAAAAUUAUUGUGUGGGAUCUGGAUACGUUGGAAGUCCAAUGUAUUAUAACAGGAUAUCAUAAGCGAGGGGUCUUGCAACUAGCAUUUUUAAGCGCUGAAUUGUUGAUAUCGGUUGGUGGAGAUGAUGACCAUAGCGUUGCGAUAUACGCUAGCAGUACCUGGAAAUCUGCAACUCUAAAGGUUGCAGUAAAAGGUAACAAAGCAGCACCGUUUCAUGUUACCACAAAUCCACGCGUGUGUAGCGAAUUUGUCAUUUGUGGCCAGAAAUUUGUUGACUUUUGGUCACUAGGAAGCAAGGAGCUCGUAUCGAAGAGAGCUUUGCUUGGGAAAAAAGGUUCUCUUCAACCAUUUCCUGUUGCUGAAUACCUCGGAAAAAUGGAUCAGGCUGUGGUUGUUGGGACAAGUGAUGGUUCUUUGUAUCUUUUUGUGGAAAGACAACUAACAAAAGUUGUUAAAGCGCAAGAUGGCGCAAUUACUGCAUUGUUUUACUCAUCAGGACAUCUGCUUUCGGGUGGCCGAGAUGGUCGCAUAAUUCAAUGGGACGAUAAGCUGAACCAAAUUGGUUCUGUGACAAAUAUUCAGGACUCCCUCGAGGGAUUAUUUUUGCCCCAGCGUAAGGGAAUUCGAAGCUGCUGCUUUUCUCCAGAUAAACGGACUAUUCUUGUCGGUACAUUGGCAUCCGAGAUUUACGAAUUGGACGCGAAGACAGGACAAAAUUUUCACUCGGAAGCCUUAACUAAAGGACAUUUCAGAGGUGAACUCUGGGGGUUAGAUACUCAUCCGACAUUACAUCAUUGUUGUACGGUCGGUGAUGAUCAGACCCUUCGCAUUUGGAACUUUAUUGAAAUGUACGAGAUGGGAUUCAUUAUGUUGCCAAUACCAGGACGUGCUUGCGCCUACUCUGGAGACGGCAAGCUGAUUGUCGUCGGACUUGGUACUGAAGAUUCUGGUAAAAUUGGCAACGAAUUGCUAACAAAUUAUUCAGCGAAUGCUAAAAAACAACAGCCGAAAGGAGGCUUUGUGGUAUACAGUGCUAUAGACUUAACUUUUAUAAAGGAACCCUGCUUCGAUGCAAAACGAUGGGUAAGCGAUGUGAAGUUCUCACCAGACAAUCGAACACUGGCAGUAGCAAGCCAUGACUCUAAUAUCUACCUAUACAAUGCACUAAAGGGAUUUUCUCGCACGCACAUAUUCAGUAAACACUCGAGUGCUGUCACGCACUUGGACUUUUCACGUAAUGGAGAUUAUUUACAAAGCACUUCAAGUGGAUACGAGUUGCUGUUUACGGAAGUAAAAAGUGGGAAGCACAUCACAAAUGCCACAAGGUUUCGAGAUGAGGCUUGGCAUACGAUGACCAGCACAAUAGGGUGGUCUGUGCAAGGCAUUUGGGAAGCAGACAGCGAUGGUACAGAUGUAAACGCAGUUGAUCGCUCGAACAACGGAAAGCUUUUGGUGACAGGCGACGACUUUGGAAAAGUGAAAGUGUUUAACUUUCCUUGUGCCUUGGAUACAGCUCCGUUUCUGGAGCUGCGUGGUCAAUCCUCCCAUGUCACAAAUGUCAAAUGGUCGUUUGAUGAUAACUUCAUCGUUUCAGUUGGUGGAAAUGAUCGGUGUAUUUUUGUAUGGAAACACGACACGCAGUCUUCCAAAAUUCCCAAUUUUCUCAACCAUCGAUCGAGUACGACUGAGCCGUCCAGCAACGAGAUCGAAAUUAUUGGUGAAAAAGAAACUAGUCCUUUUGAGGAAGUGGUGAUGAAGGACGAUUUUGGUGAUGAGUUCAUGGCAGUGAGGCCAUGGCUAGGGGCAGUUGUAGCACCUUCGAAGACCGCACAAACGAUAAUUGACAGCACCUCACCAAAUGCGAGGCUAGAGCUGGAGCGAGUGCAUGGAUAUCAAGCUCAGAACGCGUCUAAUAACGCUCGAUACGACUCGACAGGAAAUGUUGUCUAUCACGUUGCUGCCCUUGGCGUCAUUUAUAACAGAACGACCCAGCGUCAAAGGUUUUUUAAGAGUCACGACAAUGAUAUUGUGGCUUUAAGUGCUCAUCCGAAUGGUACAACAUUCGCGACUUCACAAAUGGGUGGGAAGCCCAAGAUCUACGUUUGGGAUUCCACUGGCGGAAUCGCUGUUGCACCGUGUCUUGAAGGAUUCCAUCAGCGCUCUAUAAACGCAAUUUGUUUCUCAGCUGAUGGUAAAAAGCUUGGGAGCGUAGGGGGUGACGAUAAUCAUUCGAUUGCGAUUUACAAUUGGCAAAAUGGUAUGUUGACGUCGUACUCGAGAGGUGAACGCAAUAAUGUACACAGCAUGUGUUACCAUGCCGCAACCAACGAAUGGGUGACAUGCGGUGACAAGCAUAUUCGUUUCUGGGUAGAGCAGGGUAAGAAUCUCACAUCAAAACUUGCCACUUUUGGGACGAAGGCACAUCAAAGUGGUAAUGUUCCGCCAAGAUUCGACUGUGUCGUAUCCUUUAGCGGUCUUGUCAUCGCUGGUGGCUGUACUGGUCAUUUAAUUAUUUUUCAGAAUUCAGUUAGUGUCACGAAAACUGUCCAGGCUCAUGGUAGUGCCAUACUGGCACUCUACGCGGCAGAACGCGAGCUGAUAAGCGGUGGCAAAGACUCUAAGAUUGCAAUUUGGGACGCGCAGAUCAACAGCAUAGCUAUUUUCGAUCUUACAAAAUACACACUUCAAGAUAGUAAACUUUUGAAUUCUGAAAUCAAAAGUAUUUGUUCAAGUCCAGGAUCUUCUCGACUUUUUCUCGUCGGCCUGGGAGGAAGCGACUUGCUCGAACUCGAUGCCGGUCGAGCUCAGCCAGCACUCUCAGUAAUCACUCAAGGUCACUACAAAAUGGAAGUCUGGGGACUCGCAUGUCAUCCGACGAGAGCAGAAUACUGCACUGUUGGCGAUGACCAAACUAUCCGAGUGUGGUGUCAUGUCACAAAAUCGCAGCUGAGAAUUCGAAGGCUAGAAUGGAUAGCUCGAGUAUGUGCAUUAACAGGCUCGGCAGACAUUGUCGCAAUCGGAUAUGGCGGACGGACGGAUAUGUCAAAGACAGCUCGAUUGAAGACAGGUGGCAUGGUUUUGCUUUCUUAUAGCGACUUAACAAGAAAGGUUUUUGAAGAUCGACCGUCCAAGCAAGCGAUAAGUGAAAUGAAGUUCUCACCAAAUGGCUUGGUUCUUGCAGUUGGCUCGCACGACCACAAAAUUUAUCUUUAUCGCCUUAAUCACAAUGGCUUGAAGGUCGUAAGAACAGCUACUUUCGAUAAGCACCACAGUUAUAUCACGCACUUCGAUUUCUCGUCAGACAGUCAAAUCUUGCAGAGCAAUUGUGGAGCUUACGAGCUUUUAUUCAGUAAUGCUAAUACUGGCAAGCACAUUACAUCCGCAAGCAGUACGAGAGAUACACCAUGGUAUUCCUGGACAUGUGUGCUUGGUUGGCCUGUGCAAGGCAUUUGGCCACCUUUUUCCGAUGGCACUGAUGUAAAUUCUGUCGCGCGCAAUUCUAGCGGACAUCUUUUGGUCACAGCAGAUGACUUUGGACGCGUCAAACUAUAUCGAUAUCCCUGUGUUGCGAAAAAUGCGAGCUCAGUCGAUUAUCGUGGUCAUUCGUCGCACGUGACCAACGUCAGGUGGUCUUGUAAUGAUAGCUACAUCAUAAGUAUUGGCGGUAAUGAUCGAGCCAUCAUGGAAUGGCGAAUAGUGAGCGAGGAUGAACCAUUACAAGUAGCAAAUGAACCUAAUGGACAGACAAGUCAGAUGGAGCUCGACAACGAAACUAUAGAUUCAAACGAAGAGACGCUGGACGACUCGGUAGGAGAUGAAUUUAUGGCAGUCAAACCAUGGAUUGGAGCAAUUAUUGCGCCUACAAAUGCUGCCACUCCCAAUUCUCGUCAGCCAGAUUUAAAUGUGGAGCUAGAAUGGGUUUAUGGCUAUCAAUCUGAACAUUCUCGACAGAAUUUAGUCUACAACGCGCAGGAUGAGAUCAUUUAUCACACAGCAGCCGUAGGCGUCAUCUAUGACGCCAUUCAUCAUUUUCAAAGACAUCAUAUUGGACACAACGACGACAUCAUGAGCUUUGCCAUUUGUAAUUUAAGACGAAAUUUAGUCGCGACAGGGGAGCGUGGAAGAAAGCCAGCGGUGAGAGUCUGGGACGCUCACACAGGUGAGCUACGCUGUGAGCUUAAGGGAAUUUUGACGCGCGGGAUCGCGUCACUUGCCUUCAGUGGUGACUCUACUAAAUUAAUUUGUGUCGGUAACGACGACGAUCAUUCAUUGGUAGUCUACAGCGAUGCUAGCAGUGGAGCGUGGACGGUAGCCAACGUUUUGGCCGUUGGCAAAGGCGAUAAAGCAGUGAAUUACUUUGCUUUUUUCGGAUCGAAAGCUGAUAGUAUCAUUACUGGUGGUGUCAAGCAUGUUUUGUUUUGGUCCAUACAAGGAAAAAGUUUGACCUCCAAGAAAGGCAUAAUUGGCAAGAAAGGGAGUUUGCAAACAUUCCUGACGGGCUGCACCUUUGCUGAGGACUUUGUAACUGGAACAGUAGGCGGUGACCUUUACGUGUGGAAGGGUAAUGAUCUCGCAAGAGUGGUGAAGGCACACGAAGGAGGAGUUCGCGUUGUAGUUAGCAAUGUCGUUACCGAUCGUCAUGAUGUAAAAGAUUCUGUAGUAUUACUAUCAGGAGGAAUUGACGGUCGUGUUGUGAUGUGGAAUUCUAUGUAUCAAUCACUUAAAUGCUUCGACUUGGGUGCAAUGCAUCUUGUGACUUUCACCAAAGUUAUUAACAGUGUUUGUUUAAAUUCAUCAGGUCAAAAGAUGCUUAUUGGGACGUGUUCGAGUGACAUUAUCGAAAUUGAGGUGGCAACCGCGGGUGCUCUGAACAAUGGUCAGCCUCUCUUUUCCGGCCACUUUGCCAUGGAGCUGUGGGGCCUAGCUGUACAUCCUUCUCAGCGACAAUUUGUCACGGUUGGUGAUGAUCAAACAUUGCGCGUUUGGGAUAUGGAGACAAAGAGGUUGAUUCAUAAGCAUUCGCUGCCAGCAAAAGCUCGUGCGUGUGCUUAUUCUCCUGAUGCUGAGCUUUUAGCUGUCGGCUUUGGAGGUGACAAUGGGUUUCGACAGAAAAAAAGGCCCCAGACGCUUUCAAGAGAAGGAGGUUUUGCUGUAUAUCGAAUAUCUGAUCCAAUAAAUGAGAGGCAAGUGUAUGAAGACAAACCUGCAAAGGAGUGGAUUAGUGAUGUGAAGUUUUCUCCAGAUGGAAAGACACUAGCACUAGGAUCACAUGACAAUUCUAUUUAUUUCUACUCGGUAAAAGGAGCAUCGGACUUUCAGAAGCGCAAGCCAUUCAGCAAGCACAACAGUUAUAUCACACAUUUUGAUUUCUCAAAUGACAGCAAAUACAUUCAAUCAAAUUGCGGCGCAUAUGAAUAUCUCUUUUGCGAGACAACUUCAAGUACUCAAGUUAGUCGAGCAUCAUCUGUGCGAGAUGUAAAGUGGUCAACUUGGACGUGCACUUUAGGUUGGCCAGUCCAAGGAAUCUGGCCAGAUUACGCUGACGGAACUGACAUAAAUGCUGUAUGUGCGUCUUCGUCCCGUUCAAUCCUUGCAAUUGGAGACGAUUCGGGCAACGUCAAAGUUUAUCGCUAUCCAUGUAUUCUCAAAGGGUCAAAAUUUAUCGCUUGUCGAGGUCAUUCUUCCCACGUGAUGAAUGUGCGCUUCAGCUUUGACGACAAGUAUCUCAUUUCUGUUGGAGGAAACGACAGGUCGAUAUUUCAAUGGAAGUUUAUGUAG